UAUACAAAGAAAAUUAUAUAAAGUGCUAAAUUCACACGCUUAUUACUAUAUUUCUCUCACACCCUAAUAUAAAUAUCCAUUGCUCUCUGCUUGCUUUCUUCACACUAAUUACAUGCUUUCAUUAGUCCACAAUAUGACAGGAUCAAUCUUCUCAUUGUUGUUUUUCUCUUUGUUCAUUACCUGCACUGCAACCCUCGAGGCCGGAUUGUAUCGAUCCACAUGCCCAUCAGCCGAGGCUAUUGUAAGAAGAUCAGUAAACAGGGCGAUAACUCAAGAUCCUGGUUUAGGAGCAGGUCUUAUUAGAAUGCAUUUUCAUGACUGCUUUGUCAGGGGUUGUGAUGCAUCUAUACUACUCGAUUCGACACUGAGUAAUCCCUCAGAAAAGGAGAACCAAGCAAAUGGUCCAAGCCUAAGAGGUUACGAGGUGAUCGAUGAAGCGAAAGCAGAACUCGAGUUUAACUGCCCUGGGACUGUCUCAUGUGCAGACAUCCUAGCAUUUGCAGCCCGAGAUUCUGUGCUAGAGCUUGGAGGGAUCAGCUACCAAGUCCCGGCAGGUAGAAGAGACGGCAGAGUAUCCAUCAAAGACGAACCAACACAAAAUCUUCCUUCACCAAACUCGACUGUUGAACAACUACAACAAAUGUUUGCUACAAAGGGACUUAACUUACAAGAAAUGGUUGCACUUUCUGGUGCACAUUCAAUUGGCCGUGUAACGCGAUGUUCUGUAUUUUCUCACAGACUUCACACCUUCAAUGCUACUCAUGUACAAGAUCCUGCAAUGGACUUAAAUUUUGCUAGCGAAAUGAAAAACAAUUGUCCUUCAAUUACGAGUGCAGGAGUAGUUAGUGACAAUGUUAAAGUCCCACUAGAUGGUUUUACGCCGAGUAGGUUGGAUAACAGGUACUUCAGGAACUUGGAGACAGGGCGAGGCUUGUUGGCUUCUGAUCAAGCUCUAAUGCAUAAUCCUCGGACGGCAUCGAUGGUAAGAAGGUUUGCUAAGUAUGGGAGGGUUUGGAUGCCGAAGUUUGUUAAUGCUAUGACUCGUAUGGGUUUGAUUGAGGUCUUGACUGGUACACAAGGUGAAAUCAGAAGAAACUGUAAAAUUGUUAAUCUGUAAAUAUUGUAUUAGUAUGAAUUUAUUGUCAAAUUUAUGAUACUUAAUGCUAGGGAUAAUGAUGAAACUAUCAAAUGUAAUUCUCGUGUUCUAAGCAAUUGAUUAUAAAUUGCAUGAUUAUUGCAAUUGUAAAA